GUUUCACCGCGUAGCAAGUGAAAGUGUCACGUCAGUUGAAUUACUGUCAGUAAAUUUUUUAUUCUUAUUUCUCAUUAACUGCAAGAGGCUGCCUAGUGGUACGGAAUUUAAAAUAUAUUGUUAAGAGCUGCGUUUUGUUAUUAACAAGAACGAUGGGUGUAAAGCCUACAAUUGGAAGAAAAUCUAACAAGAACCCACCGAUUCUUAGCCACGAAUUUGUAAUUCAAAAUCAUGCCGAUAUUGUUUCGUGCGUUGUUAUGGUUUUCUUAGUCGGUCUGAUGGUCCAGUCGACAAGUCCUAUUGCGAGUUUAUUUAUCAGUCUACAUCAUAAUGUCAGUGGUACUGAGCCAACUAGGGAUGUGCCAAGAGGAGAGCCCUUCUUGUAUGAAGCUGGAUGGAAAGAUAUUUGUGCAGUAUUUUUCUACUCUCAAGUGUGCAUAGUAAUGCAUGCAAUCCUGCAAGAGUAUAUCUUAGAUAAAAUAUCAAAGAAAUAUCAUCUGUCUAAAUCAAGACUGAGUGCACUCAAUGAGUCUGGUCAAUUGGUUGUGUUUCACCUGGUCACUCUGUUAUGGGGAGGCGAUGCUAUUCUUCGUGAAGGAUUUAUCUUCAACAUUUCAUACCUUUGGGAUGGUUACCCCGAUCACCCAAUGAGCUUCCUUUUGAAGUUGUGGUGGGUUGUUCAGGCAGCGUACUGGGUGCACACAAUUCCCGAGUUGUACUUCCAGAAGGUUAAGAAGGAUGAAUGGGCAGGUCGCAUCAGACAAGCAGCUGCUGCUUUUGCCUUUGUAGCUGUGGCAUAUGGAUUCAAAUUCCAACGUGUGGGAGUGUGUCUGAUGGUGCUGCAUUCGUUGGCCGAGUUUGUUGCUCACAGCUACCGUCUCAACACUAUCAUGAGAGGAGAACGUGAAGAUUACCUGGACAAAUUCCUGGGCGUGGUGAACGGGAGCGUGUUCGUGUGCGUGCGACUGUGCUCGCUGGUGCUGGGCGUGCUGACGUUCUACUACGGGCUGGCGGGCGCCGCGCCGCUGCUGCUGCGUGUCGCCGCGCUCUCCGCACUCGUCUCAUUCCAGGUGUUCUUAAUGUUCAACUUCAUAACGGAGGCCAUCAAGCAAAGGCAGGAAGCUCGCCAGCUCGCUCUCAGCAAACCCAAGAAGGAAAAGAAGGAGAAACCUAAGAAGGAGAAGGUUAAAAAGAUCCCUACCGAUGAUUCUGAUUUACCCGAAGUAGAUCAGAACACGAACAAGACUCUGCGGCAGCGACAAGCGCUCAAAGCUAAGUGAACCUCACCGCUAAGGAACAUGACCUUAUCCCCAUUCAAUGUAACAUACACGACUUUUUUAUAUAUGUUAAUAACUGAAGCACAAAAUUAUUAGUUACUAAAAAAACUUCCAUAUUUUUAAGGAGUGUUUAAAAACUUUUAUAUGUAAAAAUCUAAUUGUUUCGUAAUACAGUUACAGUAAAAAAAACCAGCGCAUCUUCAUGACAUGUAAUUUAUUUAUAAAUAAAGUAUUAAUAUAAAGAUAGGCUCAUUUUUUUAUACAAUUCAGUACAAAAUCGAUUAAAUUGAUUUUCUUUAGUUAUAGAAAUGUAAAUGCUGUCCAAGAUAUUUGUUUAAUUUGACAACUAAAUAAGAACUUUAGUCUUCAUGUUUGACUAAUUAAAAAAAAUCGAUUUAAAUACACAAGAUCAUUUUUUUAAUAUAAUGUAAUUUAUUACCAUAAAUGUAUCUAAUACUCGUAAAAAUAUUGAUUUGAAAUACAAUUUGGUUAACAAGAUUAAUAAUAUUGAGUUUUGAUUUGGGCCUAUCUCUGUAUAAAUGAUUUUAUACACUACAGUGCUGAUAGGGCGCCCAGGGCGGUAGACAAAAGGGCGUUAGAAGUCUUCGAAUUUGUGACACAUAAGUUGGUAAAAAGGGCCAUAGACGCCCAGGGCGAUAGUAACCCUUGGUACUGUUUUAUUUAUGUAUUCAAGCCUGCAUUGUCAAGUUACACAAUAUUGUAAAGUAUAGUGGAUACAGGGUUGUAAAAAUAUCUCUUUAAAGUGUAAAAACUAAAAGUCUAGGUUAAAAUGUUUGUAUAAAUAUGUGGAUAAGUGUACCGUGGCGAUGUAAUGUGCACACAACCUAAUGAUAAAUUCCAUUUGAUAAUUUUUGCAUUUUUAAUACAAAUAUGUAACAAUAUUAAAUUAUUUGAUGUAUCGUGGAUUCCAAUUUAAAUAUUUUUUUUAAGUUUUUUUUUUUAAUUAGGUAAAUGCAUAGUUCGACGUUUAUUUUUUUUAAAUUUGGUGCUCUAUUUUUUGAAAUUAUAAUAGUUAAAAAUUGUUUAUAAGUAAUUUUGACAUGCGCUGACUGAUUUUAUUAUGGGGAUAAUUUGUGGACUAAUUAUUCUUUAUACUUGUAUGUGUAAAAAGGACGGCGUGAAAUUAUUCUUCCUAAUUGAAAUUAUGCUCAUAUGUUAUAUAAUUUUCAUGAAUGUUGUCAAUUUAAAAAGCUUCAAUGUAAUUUUAUUUCAAAAUAAAUUUUGUAAGAAUUUAUUUCUUAAUUUUA